AUGGUGAGUGUUGAAGACGCAGAGAAGGGAGGGAACAACAACGACGACACAAAAAAAACCGAUGAACGUUUACACUGUGCGCUUACCGUAACUUCUGCGAAUCGGCUGCCGCUGAACGCCGACCAGACGAUAGCUGCCGAAACCGAUGGCGAUGCCAACGAAGAGACUAAAGACAAGGAACAGGUGGUGGAAUCGACAACGGCGAUGAAGAACGGCGGCGAAGACCACUGCAACUCGGUCGACAAACAAUAA